GUAACACCAUCUCUCUCAAACCUCUUCUCAGUGAUCUCAAAAUUCUCUCUUUGAUCCUCAUCAAUGGCGCCAACGCCAUCACCAAGACCCCUCCAAGGCUUCCAAACCCCAACCAAGACUCCUCAGUCCAAGCACCGUCUCCAAUUCCCAUCCCCUAAGACCUCCAGCGUUCACCCUUCUCCCAAUCCUUUGUCAGCUGCCAGAGAACCUGCCGGUCCGACGGAGCACCCCGUUGAAGUCAUCGGCCGGAUCCGUGACUACCCUGACCGAAAAGAUAAGCCCUUGUCGGCCCUUGAGAUUGCGGAGGACGGCAGCUCGGUUAGGGUUCGGACUGACAUUGGGUAUAGAGAUUUCAGUCUUGAUGGUGUGUCUGUCUCUGAAGAUGAAAAUCUUGAAGGGUUUUACAAGAAGUUUGUGGAAUCAAGGAUUGCUGGAGUUAGGGUUGGAGCUAAGUGCACGAUCAUGAUGUAUGGUCCUACGGGUGCCGGGAAGAGUCAUACGAUGUUCGGGUGCUCAAAGGAACCUGGGAUUGUUUAUAGAGCUCUCAGGGACAUUUUGGGGGAUGAGGACGGGGAGAAUGGCGUCGAUGAUGGUGGUUUUAGGGUUGGGUUAUUUGUGCAGGUUGCUGUCUUGGAGAUUUAUAAUGAAGAGAUAUAUGAUCUGCUUUCUGGGAACUCAAAUGGUGGAGGAACUAGCUCUGGGCUUCCCAAAGGCAACACUCCCAAGGUAAGGCUUGAAGUAAUGGGGAAGAAGGCCAAGAAUGCAAGUUAUAUAUCUGGCAAUGAAGCUGGAAAGAUAUCCAAAGAAGUUGCCAAAGUAGAGAAGAGGCGGAUUGUUAAGAGCACUCUCUGUAAUGAGAGAAGCUCGCGAAGUCACUGUCUGAUAAUCUUGGAUGUCCCUGCAGUGGGUGGAAGAUUAAUGCUUGUCGAUAUGGCAGGCUCUGAAAACAUUGAACAGGCUGGCCAGCUUGGUUUGGAGGCUAAAAUGCAGACAGCCAAGAUUAAUCAAGGAAACAUUGCAUUAAAAAGGGUAGUUGAGUCUAUUGCAAAUGGAGAUUCUCACGUUCCCUUUAGAGACAGCAAGCUCACGAUGCUUUUACAGGACUCAUUUGAGGAUGAUAAGUCCAAAAUUUUGAUGAUUUUGUGCGCAAGCCCUGAUCCAAAAGAGUUGCACAAGACCAUCUCCACAUUGGAGUAUGGGGCAAAAGCCAAGUGCAUUGUUCGUGCAGCUCAUAUUGCAACACCGAAAGAAAAAACAAACCAUGAAGAGUCAUCUGUGCUCCUAAGAUCCAGAAUUGUUGCAAUGAACCAGUUCAUUUACAAGCUACAGUUGGAGAAUAAGCUCAAAGAGAAAGAGCGAGAUGAAGCUCACAAGGAGCUACUGAAAAAAGAGGAGGAACUAUUAGAGCUGCGCAAUAGACUGAAACUAAUUGAAGGGAGAGGAUCAACAGCAAAGGAAGAUGAGAUCAAGUCGAAGGUUGACGAGAGAACACAACUUUUGAAAGUUGAGAUGAUGAAAAUGGAAGAGAGGAUGUUAAAACAACAGGAGGAACUCCAUAUGCUGCGGCAGAGGUUGGAGGAAAUGGAGUCUGCAAAGAGUAAAGUUGUUGACGAUGCCUUACAUGACAUAGAUGGAGGCAGCAGAUUUAUGAAACGUCUAUCAGAAAUUUACGCUGAAGGUGAUCAAGGAAUGGAGAAAUCUAUGGAAUUGGAUUUUGGAGAGCCACAGAUCGUCUAUGAUGAGAAAGAAAUAAAGGAGGAUCUUCACCAGUCAGGAAAUUAUUUGAAUUGCACUUCAUCUAGCACUGUUCUUACAAGCAAUCAAUGUAAUGGCAAUGCUACAAUUCCAAAAUCACCAAGUAGAUUCUGCUUGAGCACAGUUUUUGAAGGCGAAGAAGAAGGAGAAGAAAUGGAUAACUCAGAAGGUGAUGAGGUUGAAAAGGAGGUUGUUGAAGAUACUGCUGAACAUGGUGGACAAAUGAUUGAUGAUUUUGGUUGCUCUGUGAUUUCUGAUUAUACUGAUUUUGACGGGGAUGCAAUGGAGAUGCAUCAACUAUUGGGAGCAGAAGUUGGUUGUAGUAAAAAUCCCAGAGACGUGGACUCUGCCAGAAAAACAAGAAUUCAGAAUAUUUUCAGGCUUUGCGGCAACUACAGAGAGCUAGCUCAACAAGUCAAAACUCCAUUGUCAUCCAAGAAAGCAAACAAUAAAUCAUCUCCUUUUAAAGGCUCGGGUGGCCAAGAUAAUUGUAGUACUGAUAUUGCAGCAACUGAAAGCCCGAUAUCUGAUUUGGUUAUGCCAUUGUCAUCCAAGAAAGCAAACAACAAAUCAUCUCCUUUUAAAGAUUUGGGACUACUAAAAGGCCCGAUAUCUGAUUUGGUUAUGCCAUUUACAUCCCUGCACCUUGAAGACGAUAAUGAAAACAUGUCACAAGAGUUGAAAGAGGAUCAUAAACCAGUAGUAAUGCCACAGGAUGUAGAUGAUUCGAUUGAAGUUUUCGUUAAAUGGGAAGCUUCAAAAGAAUUUUCAGGGAAUAUAAUUACAAAAUUGAAGGUGUUGAAGGACUCCACACUUUCAGAUUUACGGAAACUUAUCGAAGUCAACUUGGAGGAAGACAACAACAAACAAUCAUUCACUUUUCUGCUUCUCGGGGAUCCUUCGGGAGUUCCCAUCUCAAGGGAGAAAGAAGCAACAAUUAAAGCAAUCAAACUUCCAACAUGCAACAAUCAGCCAAACGUUCAUCUUGCUUGCUUGCGUUUGAUCAAGAAGGCAGCAGUGCAGAGGCCUAACCACAUCCCAUUUAGCUCAUUGGAGAACACACUCCCUGUCGCUUCGAGUUCUCCAUCGACCAAGUCACAGUUCGUUGAAGCUUUCUCACCGAAAACUGGUCAUGAGAAUACCAACUAUCUAACAGGAUUGAAAACUUAGGUGAUGAUGAUAUAAUAUAUAUGUGUAGAACUGCCUUUUGAUAGCUCUAUGUAUUUUGUAUGUAGUUCAUUUCCCUACAUAACUAAUUAUAUGUGCUCAUUUGUGAAUAUGAGCAACAUCCACUGCUUGGGGAUGGCUUCUGUACAAUAUAUACACUGCUGUUGAUGAGAGAAUUUCAAGU